AUGCUGGGCUAGCGCGGCUCCUCCAUCGUCCCCCUCCGCUCGCAGGCUGUCAUGGCGACUCCCAAUAAUGUCACUCCCACCAACUGCAGCUGGUGGCCCAUCUCGGCUCUGGAGAACGACGCGGGGAAAGGCAAGGAGGGGGAGGAAAAUCAGGAUCCGACAGAUCCCGCUCUCAAAGCCCAGGACAGGCUGGUUUUGUACCACUGGACCCAGUCCUUCAGCUCCCAAAAGGUGCGGCUGGUCAUCGCGGAGAAGGGGCUGCCCUGCGAGGAGCGGGACGUCAGCAUGCCCCUGCUGGAGCACAAGGAGCCCUGGUUCAUGCGGCUCAACCUGGGGGAGGAGGUGCCCGUCAUCAUCCACAGGGACAACAUCAUCAGCGACUACAACCAGAUCAUCGACUACAUGGAGAAGAACUUCACGGGAGACAACGUCCCCCAGCUGAUCCCCGAGCCCGGGACCCCGCUGCACUCGCGGGUGCUGCAGUACCGGGAGCUGCUGGACUCGCUGCCCAUGGACGCCUACACGCACGGCUGCAUCCUGCACCCCGAGCUCACCACCGACUCCAUGAUCCCAAAGUACGCGACUGCUGAGAUCCGCAGACACUUGGCUAACGCCAGCAUGGAGCUGAUGAAGCUGGACCAUGAGGAGGAGCCACCGCUGACAGAGCCGUACCUCUCCAAGCAGAAGAAGCUCAUGGCCAAGAUCCUGGAGCACGACAACGUGAACUACUUGAAGAAAAUCCUCGGCGAGCUGGGAAUGGUGCUGGACCAGAUCGAGGCCGAGCUGGAGAAGAGGAAGCUGGAGUACCAAGGGCAGAAGUGUGAGCUUUGGCUCUGUGGCUGUGUCUUCACUUUGGCCGAUGUCUUGUUAGGAGCUACCCUGCAUCGCCUCAAGUUUCUAGGACUCUCUAAGAAAUACUGGGAAGACGGCAGCAGACCUAACCUACAGUCCUUCUUCGACAGGAUACAGAAACGCUUUGCCUUCAGGAAAGUCUUGGGAGACAUACACACCACGCUCCUCUCAGCAGUGGUACCCAACGCCUUCCGGCUGGUCAAGCGGAAACCUCCCUCCUUCUUCGGAGCCUCCUUCCUGAUGGGAUCGCUGGGGGGAAUGGGAUAUUUUGCUUAUUGGUACUUAAAGAAAAAAUACAUCUAAUGCUGGCUGCUUGGUGUUUAGUUUGGUGUCUCUGUGCUGUGUGAAAUUAUGAUGAAGCCUCAGUAACUGUAAUGAAAUUUGAAGCAAGGUAUGACUAAUUAUAUUGUUUAAUGUAACAUUCCAUAGUCUAGAAGUAGAAAAGUAUACUGCAAGGAAAUAAGACAACAACAACAACAACAAAAGCAUCAACUUGUAAAUGCCUUUUUUAGGGUUAAGUAUUCAACGCCAGCGAGAGCCUCAGGGGGUCACCGGGCUCCCCGUGCCCACCGGGAAGUGCCGCCGGUGCAGGCCAGCUCCACUGGGAGAGACAGGAACCCCGAGAAGUUUCCCAGGUUGAACCACGGGACUCGGAUACUCGGUCCUCGAUGUCUGUUUCCGAAGUGUUCACCGGCCACAUUUCACACGUGUAACUAGUGGGGACUUUUUUCUUCUAGAAGCCAUUCUGUCGUGCUCGGAGGCUUUCCUGGGAGCAGGGUGCAGUAGCUGGCCACGGUCAAGAUGGAUUUGCAUUCUUCAAUUUCCCAUUUUUUAAAUUGUUUUCCUUAAAAAGAAUAUUUUUUAUUGAGCUACUCUUAGCAUCUAUCCACUUUCUAUGUCUGGUUUUGGUGGGCUUUUUUUUAGAAAAGAAUUUCAUGUCUGUCUUCAACUGCCACACUUUCCUCCUGAGAUAAAUCGUUUUGACUUCCACCCUGAAUUUUGGCACACGAAGGGAAUUAUUGUUUUAGCCUUUUGGCUCAGUCUUGAGUUUUCUUUUGUGGAUUUGCAAAGCAUCUCUCACCGCCCAAGCAUACCUGGACUCUGAAAAAGUGCUACCGUUUUCCAAACUGUCAGGACUUUUCCGAAGAAACUUUGGCCUUCUCUUCCAUUGGGGGCUCUUUUCUGUCAUUUCCUCGCUGUGUGUUUUCUUAGAGACACUUUGCACAGAAUCACGUUUAUGACUUUCUUGUGCCUUUUGCAUGUUGGAAAGAAUAACGGGCCUCACUGCUACUCGUGCUUUGAAACUGAGAUCCUCAAUAAACCGUAUGGGAGGAGUAACUGCUUCCCAUUCCUAAAUGUGUUCAACAAACUCCUAGUCUAAUUUCAAAGCGUGCCCAUGUCCAGAGGCAUGUGCAGGUGGUUUGUGCUUUUUCUUUUGAGCUGUACUGGUAUAAAACUCGCAUGGAAACAAUGCAUAUUCCUCUUCCAAAGCACACAUUUCUGUAGGCGCUCAGCCUGCUAGGACCUCCGCUGGCUGGUUUGCAGAGCGCUCUGGUGAUCCCUGCCGAGCCACGCUGCCUCUCUCGGCUUGGGAACUCAUGCCGACUGUGGCUGAAGCAAUAUGAGUUUCAUUGCCUCCAACUCAAAAAUGAUCUUUAUGGCUUGGAAAGCUGCAGGAUUUCCCAGGAGCUUUGGUUCUCAGUACAACCUGGCAGCCAUGGAAGUGUGAAUACUGAGCAGGAGUUACCAGGGUUGAGCACACAGGGAUUAGACAAAUGUAAAAUGCUCUAAUGUAUGCGGUGUUUGCAAUGAGUAUGGGCUGGUGGCAUACCUCUGGAAUACAACCUGUGCAGCUGCAAUAGCAGUUACCCCUGUUACCUCCCAGUGAUUACGGUCAAACUCUCGGUGUGUGAGAACCCAAAUCCACCACCUGUGCACGCACAGCAGGCACCUGCAGCUAAGGCUGUUCAGAUGUCCUCCCAAGUACAGUUACCAAUUUGCUUCAUGGCAUUAAUGACUUCUGGAGAAAUAGCUGUUCUGCUUCUCUUUGAAGAGGGAAGCAAGGGGGUCCCCUGAGGUCACCCCUUCUGUUGAAUCUGAAAGGUGUAAGAACAUACACGAUGACCCCUAGUUCAUCACGUCCGUGACACUAAAUUCCCCCAAAGUUGUUACUUCUUUACCAUGAUUUCAUCCUUCUACCUUUGUCGGUUGUUCUACAAAGGAAUUCCCUGGUGCUAAGAGCCAAUGAAAUAUACUCACCAGAUAUGGAAAGGAAUAGUAAUGGAGGAACAAGGCCAUGAAACCCAGAGAGAACAAGAGCAAAUACUCCCACAGUUCCCAGGCUUUCAGCCUGAGAAUGAGGCAGAAGAAAGCUUCUUAGCAAGACUGCUGUUUGUUAUUUUGCUGCCCCUCCCCUCCCUUUUAAAGGAAAUAAAGAAUAAAUUUAGAAUCACAAAUCAGAACUCUAACCACUGGCGAAAGUAGGUGCUUGUUUUGUUUUGGAGCACGCUGUUAUAAUGCAGCUAUUAUAAGGAAUGUCAGGCAGAGCCAACAGCCAGAACAAGGCACAGGUCAGCUCAGACCAAACUGUGACAGCUGUCUGUUAUGUUGUCUCAUGCUUUGAUGGAAAGCCACAGAUGCUGUAGUGAUGAGUGUUGUAUAGGGUAGCAGGCUGGCUAGUACUACUUACUGACGAGCCUUUGUUUUGAACCAAAUAAAAGAAAAAUAAAAAUCGGUGAAGACAGUGCCACUCCCUGUUGCUGAGCCUUGUUUCCCGACCUUGGUAAUGAAAAAUAACAGGAGUUUGCUCCAGGGAAAAGCAAUCUCCAAGAGCGAUAAGAGACAAUUACUGUGACAGGCAGGGGCUGGACUGAUGUUGAAGU